GUUUCCAUCCUAAAACCACUGCCGUUCCCGACGUUAUCCCAAUUCGCAUUCAAAUACCCAAAAGAACAUGGCAAUUUCCCUGCAAUUCCCGGUGGCAUCCAUCACCCCAAAAACCUCAGUCAGACCGCAACCUCCACGUGUCAGUCACCAAAUAUCUUUCCAUCACCCAAAACCCACAAACAUCACAGCAUUGAGAAAAAACCGAUCUGUAGUGAUUAAAGCCAUCGAAGAAAGCCAAGAAAGCACGGAGAAAUCAGAGGCCGGUAAUGACGCGGAAUCUGAAACGGUGAGUAGUGCUGGUAGUGAGCCGAGUGCGGAGUUGAGCCAGUUGGGAUCGGAGAUAAAGAAGGUUUUGCAGGAGAGGAAGGAGGAGAAAGAGGGAGAUUUGUUGAGUGGGGUUUCGGAGGAGAUUAGGGAGAUAGAGUGGCCGGCGUUUGGUAAAGUAUUGGGAACGACAGGUGUCGUGCUGGGUGUGAUAGCCGGGUCGAGUGUCGUUUUGCUCACUGUGAAUUUCGUUUUGGCUGAAUUGUCUGAUCGGGUUUUUGCUGGUAGAGGCGUUCAGGAUUUCUUUGGAUAAUCUGAUAGAAGUCCAAUUUGGAGUUUGAAAUGAAAACAUAUUUUCCAUAAUCUUGUAUUAAUUAUGCGAUCAAGUAACAGUUUCAGUAAAUUCUUAGCCGCAAUCUUUGUGUUGGCUACCGAUGUUACACAUAUGAGAGGCUUGAAUGAAAAAUCCGGAGUUAUCUAUGACUCAAAAUUUCAUAAACAUAAAAUAGCAUAGAACAAGGUGAUAAUGGCGAAGAACCUGUAACUGAGGCGGCAUCCAUAUGUGUGCUUGAGUUGUUCAACACUUUUUCUUAAAUAAUAUCUGCAAAUUGACAAACAAACAUGCCCUCUUUCAUUCUGAGACGAUCAACCACAAUUAUUCAAGAAAAUCUCAUCUAGCAAGCUCUAAAAAAUCAUUUCCAGAACAGAAAAUACAACAUAUAUUUUACUCGUUUGAGCUUCCCGUCUACCACUCAUUCUUCACCUCAUUCUCAGACUUUCGA